AUGCCUCAUAAAGAACCAGUAAGUCAAGGAGUAGUCCAUUUUGUGAUCGAGCGAUACGAGGAACAGCAAAGCUCUCCACGAAUAGAGGGACAGAGUCAAAGCAGUCAAAGUCGCUACGAGCCAAUGACAGAGUUGAGUUCUCGAACCAUGCGUACAUUGUUUGGGGAACUCACACGGAAUAUCGUUGAACAGGCUAACUGUAAUAAUGGCCCAAAAAAUGGCAAUUUUGUCGCCAACGAAGGACCAACUAUUAGACCUCAAAUAAAUCAACCAGUAAACCAAGAUGUAGGAGUUCUAUAUGAUCCCAAUGUCAUGUUGAGAAAUCAAAAUUUGGAAAUAGUACAUGAUCAAAUGGUUUUUGGGGUUCGUCAUGUUAUUAGGCCAACUUACACAAAACCAUAUUCUGAUUGGGCAGAUCAGACAUAUCUGUGGCCUAGAGGGUACAAAGUGCCAGAAUUUUCAUUAUUCACUAGUCUAGGAGAAAUGUCUACUCUGGCACAUAUAAGACGAUUCACACUGCAAAUUGGUGAAGUAAAUGACUAUCAUAAAAUGAGGUUGUUCCCUAGUUCGUUAACAUGA